UGGCUGGGAAUGGUGUCAGGCCGGGGUUUGCCGUUCCAGCCCUAGCGGGAGGCGACUGAGGGGAAGAGGACCCGGGGCUGGCACCGGCCCUGUCCGUUCCUAUUGCAUUCCGGUCCCGCUGGAGGAUUCCCUACCGCCGUGCCUGGGCCGAUGGGGGGAGUCGGACCUGGGAAGGAGCCGCUGGAGCCGGGCCUGCUUCAGGCCAUGAGCCCGAGCCUGGAGGUGAAGGUGGUCUCCCUGUUCCUCCUCUUGCUGCUGACCGCCCUCAGCGGCCUGCUGCCCCUCUGCGUGUUCCGGAGAGCGGCUGGAGGAUCCGGGAGCGCGGGUCAGCGGCGAAUUCUUAGUCUCCUCAGCUGCUUGGCGGGUGGUGUAUUCCUAGCCACGUGUCUGUUGGAUUUGCUUCCAGAUUUCCUGUCUGACAUGGCUGCAGUGCUGGACAAGAUGAAAAUUACACUACAGUUCCCCCUGCCGCUUUUCAUAGUGGUGAUGGGCUUCUUCCUGGUGCUGAUCAUGGAGCAGAUCGUGUUGGCGUGUCGCGACCAACCCAGCAACCUUGAGGAGACCCGGUCACUGCUGGGCAGGUCGCCCAGUGGGAACUUACACACUCAGCACCACUUCAGCUCGGGUGAGAGCGGAGCUCAGUGGGAAGAAGCUGGGCCCCACCUCCACGUGGACUUCAACUCCCACUCGGCCAUCCGCUGCCUGGUGCUGGUGCUGGCACUGUCCCUGCACUCUGUCUUUGAGGGGCUGGCAGUGGGGCUACAGGAGGCCAGUUCCAAGGUGGUGGAGACCUGCGUUGCCCUCUCGGUCCACAAGUGUAUCAUCGCCUUCAGCCUGACCUUGAAACUGGUGCAGAGCCGGCUGAAGUGGACGGUGGUUGUCGGCUGUGUCAUGGUCUUUGCUGUCAUGUCCCCUCUGGGGGUUGGUCUGGGUAUCGCUGUGACGGAGGAUCCCAGCCACCAGCUGGUUCGAUGUGUGCUGGAGGGAGUGGCUACGGGAACCUUUAUCUACAUAACCUUCAUGGAAAUCCUGCCUCACGAACUCAACUCCCCCCAUCAACGGCUGUGCAAAGUCAUCAUGUUGAUCCUGGGUUUUGCAUUAGUCACAGGGGUCCUUUUCAUUCCAGGGUAAGGGCUGUGGUUAGGAUAAUCUCGUCUCACCACCAUCAGCUGUCACUCUGUCCAAACAACCCUUAAACUCUCCUGACAGCUCCAUUUCAGUUCCCAUUUACAGCAUUCAUUCAUUCAUUCAUUCAAUGCAAUCGUGGCUGAACUGUGCCCUCACUGUAUCUCUGUCCCUUGGCUGCUUAUCUCUCAAUAUCCUGGGCAAGCAAAACCUGUCCAAACUUCAAAUGUGUGAUCGAUCUGGCCUUGUCAGCUUUUCGUCGGUGGAUAUGUCACACUUCUCCUCGUCCAUAUUUGCUUCAUUCCUCCUCCACGUGAUCUGUCACAUUCUGCCUCCUCCCCCCUGGACUGUGUUGCCCAGCGGGGAAUGUUUCUCUCCAUCUACCCUAUCAGUUCUUUUCCAAAACCCUCAAUCUACCUUUAACCUUACACAGUGUUCUGUUUAAAUUCUGGUUUCCCCUCUGGCAAGCUGAUUUGAUUGCCUAUUUUCACACCCAGUCGAACGGAUGUCAGAAUUAUGGUCCACCUGAGGAAUCGCGGGCUGGAUUUUCAAAGAGUGCCAGUUGUCUGAGCGGCUGGAGUUUGAGUGUUCAGAGGUAGUACUGAAUGGAGCUGGGUGCAUUUUGACUGCAGCCCCUGGGCUGACUAGUGGCAUUCCCUUUUGCACAGAAGAAUGACAGUCUGGCUCAGGCGAGUCCCACAUCAACAGGAGGACCACAGAUCAAAGCAUUGAAUGAAAUAAUGUAAUGGGAGACUGUCACUGACCUGUCCUCAGAGUAGGGGGAUAAGGCAGAGGGCUCUCCUUAUUCUGUGAGUGAGAAAUGAGCAGGCUCUUGAUGAGCUCACUGCUGUCAAUCAUUUAAACUGAAACUGAGAAUGCUGAGAGGGCCUAGUUUGAAAAGAGUUUUAUUAAAUGCGCUCUUCUGUGGAAAAAAAAGUUAGUUUCCUCUAUUUUUGGUAAACGAUGGCUUUUUAACACUUGAUUACUAAAACAGAUAUACACUUACAGGAGCCUAUAUCAAUUAUGUGGGAUUGCUUAAAACUGAGAUUCUAACACCUAAUAAUGUGCUUUAUAUUCAACCUGUCCAUAAACAUGUUGCUGUUC